UGUCCGUCACGCAGCUGAGGCGGUGGAGGCGGUGGCGGCCAUUUUGGAGCAGGGCGCGGGGCCGGACGCAGCGGAGGGAGCGCAGAGCCCCCCCCUCGCCGCCAUGGCAGCCCCGCUCGGUACCGGCGCCUUCACGGAGGAGACCGGGCAGGAAAAACAGGACGGUCAGGAGAAGGACAAGGGCAUCUCCCCCGAGCGGGCAGAGGAGGCCAAGCUCAAAGCCAAAUAUCCCAACCUGGGCCAGAAACCCGGCGGCUCCGAUUUCCUCAUGAAGAGGCUGCAGAAAGGGCAAAAAUACUUCGAUUCUGGCGACUACAACAUGGCCAAGGCCAAGAUGAAGAACAAGCAGCUGCCCAGCGCAGGGCCUGACAAGAACCUGGUGACAGGAGACCACAUCCCCACGCCCCAGGACCUGCCCCAGAGGAAAUCCUCGCUGGUCACCAGCAAGCUGGCCGGGUAGCUGCACUCCCAGCCCUCUUUUUGUCUCAUUUUUUGUUUUGGCUAAAUGGAUUGAACUUCACUGUACCAUAGGGAUGGAUGGGAGCAGCAGAAUCCACGUAGUUUGUUUGAGUUUUUGCAGCAAGAACACCCCAAAGGUGACUGGGAUGGCAGGGUUGGGCUGGCCCCUCCUCCCAGAGAGGCUUUGCCUUAAUUUUGCUGCUGUUUGGAGCCAUCGUGGCUCUGGGACAGCCCCUGGAGGAGGGGACAGGGCAGGGAUGAGGGGUGGGAAGGGAUGGCAGGGGCUGGGGAGGCAGAGACUGAGCCAGCUGGGCAGGAGAGCGAUCCCAGAUAUGGAAAUUGGGAUCCCACAUCUGGAAAUUGGGAUCCCACAUCUGGAAAUUGGGAUCCCAGAUAUGGAAAUUGUGAUCCCAGAUGUGGAAAUUGGGAUCCCAGAUCUGCAAAGAGUGAUCCCAGAUGUGGAAAUUGUGAUCCCAGAUCUGGAAAGAGUGAUCCCAGAUAUGGAAAUUGGGAUCCCAGAUGUGGAAAGUGAUCCCAGGUCUGGAAAUUGUGAUCCCAGAUAUGGAAAUUGUGAUCCUAGAUAUGGAAAUUGUGAUCCCAGAUCUGGAAAUUGUGAUCCCAGAUUUGGAAAGAGUGAUCCCACAUCUCACAGGUGUGAUCCCAGAUGUGGAAAUUGUGAUCCCAGAUCUGGAAAUUGUGAUCCCAGAUAUGGAAAUUGUGAUCCCAGAUCUAAAAAGUGAUCCUAGAUUUGGAAAGAGUGAUCCCAGAUAUGCAAAGAGUGAUCCCAGAUAUGGAAAUUGUGAUCCCAGAUAUGGAAAUGGUGAUCCCAGAUCUGGAAAUUGUGAUCCCAGAUGUGGAAAUUGUGAUCCCAGAUCUGAAAAGUGAUCCUAGAUCUGCAAAGAGUGAUCCCAGAUCUGGAAAUUGUGAUCCCAGAUAUGGAAAUUGUGAUCCCAGAUUUGCAAAGAGUGAUCCCAG